AAAUAAUCGUAAGUACUGUAUCAUGUUUUGAAAUUUGAACCACGCUACUCAGUUCUACGGUAACACAGUAACGAGAUCGCUUUAUAUGCUUCCGUUGACCAUUGUUAAUACGUAAUUUACUAUGGUUUAUGUAAUUUCUCGUAACUAUUACUACGAGUAUACAUGAAUUUGUAUUGUCGACUGUUUUCUUAACUCUUCCUGGUGCCACAACGCGAGAUAAAUCGUAUCCAUUAAUUAGAAUUCCCGGCGAGAUGAAUAUCUCAGGCCGCAUCGGAAAACAUACUUUGGAGUUUUUUUAAAGGAUUUACGAAUCUUCACCAAAAUCAGAAUGUCUUCGUCCGAUAGCAUUGGGGUUCUGCGAAGGUAUCCCACGCGGAAUCCCAACAGAGAGCAGGAUAUUGAUGCCUCCAUGCGCAAAGAACUGACCGACAGCCUGUACAAAGCUCUCAUCGAUCCUGAGCAGAGUGACAGUGAAAAUUCCAUGGACUGGACCAGCAGUGAUCCCAGAAAUCCAGUGGACAUUCUUCGCGCCAUUGCUCCCGUGUUGACCGACCGCAUACUGGAGGGUUUCACCUAUGACGAAAAAGUCCCCGUGGGCGAUGGAUAUGCUUCGAAAUUUCUUGCAUCACUGCAAUCUCUGGUUGAUGAGAGUAAAGAGGCAGAAUACGUAAUCAAUGCUGUGCUGGAAGCGCUGACGCAGUGGAAUAAGGAAAAUUCGGAAUACCAAAAGCGUGACGGUUUGGUGCUGGAGCAUGUGAGGGAAACCGUGGAGCGAGCCAAAGAAAUGCCUAUCUUGCUGCUCUGUAAUUACGUGGAAUUUUAUGGCAAAGAUCUGGGGGAUUGUGGCUGGGGAUGUGGCUACCGAAAUGCACAGAUGCUGAUCUCGUCUCUUUUAAAAUGGCCGGCGGUGCAAUCGCGCCUAAUGGAGGAGUUGGGUGGCAACUACAUUCCCAGCAUUCGUCACCUGCAGUUUCUCAUCCACCAGGCAUGGGAACGAGGAUUUGACUUCUUCGCCGCGACGGAACUGGAGCACAACGUCGUGGAGACAUCGAAAUGGAUUGGUACUACAGAAAUCCAGGCACUCUUCCACUCCAUGCGCAUUGACUGCGUGAUCCGGGACUUUGGCAGUGUGAUCGGCGCGACGGAUGUGCAGGAUCAGUUGUUCACCUUCGUGCAAGAAUAUUUCGCCACCGAAGCCACGAAGGGUUUCGUUGCUCCAAUGUACAUACAGUAUUCGGGACAUAGUCGCACCAUUAUCGGGUUGGAAGUGACCGGAUGUGAGACUGACAAAAAAAAGCCCAGAGAGAAGCCGAAAGCCAAGAAAGACGGCGACCGGGCGGCCGCCGAUAACUGUUUGUAUAAUACGGAUAAGCUUGGGCUGUUGAUCUUAGAUCCUGGCAAGACGCCGGCGGAACUGGCGGUUCGUGGCGCAUCCGCCACUCGACAAUGGUACAAGACUAAUAUCUUUCAUCCUAUUAAGUCUUUCAAAGAAGAGACAUACCAGAUAUUGUACUUCACGGGCAAAAUUCUCUCGGAUUAUGAAUACGAACUGAUGAAGCGACCAGGUGAAGGGCAUCAAUCUAGCCGUCAAGGCCAGCAGCACAGUGGGCCUACGCCAUCCUCCUCUUCCAGCCGCACUGAAAAGCAUGAAAUGCUGAACUUCCGGGAGCGGAAUCGAUCGGUUGAACUUUAGUCGAAUGAUAUUGGUUGUGUCAGCGGCGUAAAUGUUCGCGAUAUAUCGCGAGUCGCAGAGAGUAGAAAUAUCGCCUUCCUCUGUUAUAGUUUAUGCCAUUAUGGCUCUUUCUCAUUCAUAAUUUUUUUGUUUUGUAUUGUACUUUUAUUGCAGUGAAGCCUCUUUCUGGUAUGGGCGUUCUUUCGUACUUAAGUUUCGAAGAAAGAGUUGUCUGAACUAAUGACACUUUUUUCA